GGAGUGGACAGGCACUGGUAACGGAGGGGGAGGCGUUUGGCUCGGUGAAAACGGGGAGUGAACGCGCAGAGAGGGUGAGAAACCAGCGGAUCUGGCCCUUUAAAUCACCAAUACAGCACAUUCGGAGCUCUAAUUACAGACAUGAAUCUCUGAAAGACUCCACAGCAGGAGUAAUUAAAGCAGGACUCUCCUCCUUAGAGAGGGAGACAGACAGAGACACAGACUGAGAGACCCGGUGGUAACAUGCUCGUUGUGAUGUAUUUGAGAGACAAGCCAAUGUAAGCUCAGCCGCCAUCCAGCUCUGUAACUGUGACUGCCGUUCCUGCACUGCUCAGACCGCCUCCAUCCAUUCAUAUUAGUGUUCAGAGGGAGUCCUGUCUGCACACCAUCAGCCAGUUUUCUCCUGUGUUGGUGUAUUCUCAUGGAUCAGUAUGUCUACCACUAAUAAUAUCGCCCAGGCCAGGAAACUGGUGGAACAGCUGAGGAUUGAGGCAGGGAUUGAGCGCAUUAAGGUGUCUAAAGCAGCAGCAGACCUGAUGAGUUACUGUGAGCAGCACGCUCGUAGCGACCCUCUGCUGGUUGGUGUUCCCACCUCUGAAAACCCUUUCAAGGACAAGAAACCUUGCAUCAUCCUAUAGCUGCUUCCUGCUUCUCCUACCCCUCUCACGCACACACACACAAACACACACUCUCACACACUCUUGCACAUACAUAUACACACUAACACAUAAACGUAUACUUUUGCCAUUUAACUAGAUCCCCGCAUUUACCAAGACACACCUUGGAGCAGCCAUGUCUGAUCUUACAGGGCUGUCGAGCAUCCACACACACAGAGAAACACACACGCUCCCAGAAUCGCCACUCUGGAAAAGCGCCAUACACCGGAGCAACAGCUAGGGGGAGGGUAUGCUGCGCUCACAGUGGCUGAGAUCAGUAUAUCACUGAGUAUGAUCCAAGGUGCUUUGGUAUUAUUCACAUAUGCUGGUGAAUUAACUACAAGUUUCAGCUAAAAUUGAAAAGGGAUUUGGACAUUAAUGAUCGAUAGGAAAUCAGCAUUUUCUUUUUUUUUUGUUAUCGUGAAAUGAGGUGUUGGUUCAAAGAUGGGUAGCUGUGCCAUAGGCAGGCGGUGGGAGGAUGCAUGUGCAAAAAAACAGAAUGAGUGGUAGGCGCUAGGCCAAUUGUGCCAAACUGGACCUCGUGUCCCAUUAAAAGUUCAAUAAAUGCUUCUUUUUCUGUGGGAGAAUUUUUUUUUAAAAAGUAUGAAAGCUUCAUUCUUGGGUCAUUUUGGAGCAACUGGCUAAAGCCUUUGCCUUUAUCAGGCCAUAGCAUGUUCCCACCCAAACCUGUAUCAACAGACCUUCUCUGCCUGUGGCCUCACAAUGGCUGCCUGCAGCCUUUGGCCAAGCCUCCAGCUGUGCCAACCUGUACAAAAAUUCCUUUCUAGAUGCUGAUCUGCUGUCACUGAUUCCACUGCGGCUCAUGAUAGCCGCCACGGGCUGAUGUCUAAGCUGAUCCCAGAUCUGCACCUAUGAGAGCAAGCAGUGAACGGCUCUACACAGAACUCAAGCUAUUAACCGCAGACGUUUACUGCAUUUUUUCUUAAGAAAUACUUGUUUGUGAACUCAAUGUACGUUUUAGAUAUUUUGUUGAAGCAUUACUUAACAGAUAGGACAAUAUUUUACAUUUUUUUAGAUUGUUUUCUUUUCACGUAGGUGUUGCCCCUGGCGGAUCAGGUUUGUUUUCCUGCUUGCAUUAAUGAAAUAACAGGAUAUCUGGUUGUAAGCCAGGGGUAAUACCUAACCAGAUCUACUGUACAUCAAGCCUCCCUGUGCUUUACCCCAAGAGAGGGCGAGGCCACAGAAUGAUCACAUCAGAGAAUCAUUCUGUAAGGGACUGCGAGGCUGGAGGAGAUGACCCAGACAUAGAAAGUAAAAAUGAAGGUGCCCUCUUCCCACCCUCUCAGCCCAUAUAUAUUUCGAUUACUAGUUCUUGUAGGGUGAAUAGAACGAAAAUGAGAGGAGUGGGUAGUCUGAAAAUAAGGAGUCACCUCUCUGUUCAAGGGGUUUACAUCUUGUUUUAAUGCUUUGCAAUUAUGGCUAUUAAUCAGAUUACCUGCCUUCACCAGUCUAAAGGUCCCAGUUUCCCCAGCAUAAGAGCUCACUCUGACGUUAUCCCAGCUUGGUCACAGGCUGGAUCAGUAGGAGCUGGCAGUCUCCUUUCUGUGUCCCUCCAUCCUCGUCUCCUCCACAGCGCUCCUCCUGUCUGACAAACCAAACUUGAUUGUAAAAACUGAAACAUGAAGAAGAAAAAAAUCAAGUUAAUUAAGAGAAAAAAAAACUAAGUGUAUAAACUUUCUUUCAGACAUGUGCAGAAGUGAUAAGUUGAAGAGUAGCUGUUUUGGCUUUCUUUUUUUUUCUUUUUCUUUUUUUUAAGUUCUCUUCUUUCUAUGGAGUCCAUGGAACCUGGUCAGUUGAGUAUUACCCUGUACAGUAUUUGUAAGAUACAAACUCAGAACACAGAUUUCCCCUCUGUGGAUGUUGGAUUUUUUUAGUACUACUUAUUCUGUCAAUCAGGAUCACGUCUGUCCUUUGCUUUUUCCUUUUUUACGUCAAUCAGGUUUUAGAGGCCUGCGAUAGCUGAGGUUGGUUUCGGCCACAUAUAAAACCGAUGAGGAUGAAGUAAUGUACCGGAAACAAAAGCUGUGUUUGGUUUAGAGUCAUGCCCCGUAAGAAGAUGAAUCAACAUCGGACCUCAUUACGGUGGUGCAAAACCAACCUCCUGAUCUGACCUUUAACACCAAAGCUGUCCUUGUUUUGUUUAGUUUUUGUUUUUUUGGGGGCAACAGGCAUCUAGACCAACAUGCAACACACACCUACAUCCUGUGCUUUGGGUGCUUUUCAAGCUUGAAUGAUGUUUAUCAGAGGUAAAAGUUUAAUAGCUGUAAGGAGAAUUGGUGAGAGAGGGGAUCUUCCUUCCAUCAUAUUUACACUUUAGCGUUUAGCCGAGGGUGGGAUCAUUUGGACAUGGCUUAUAUCUGCUGACAGAGAGUCACAAGGGUUCGUCCUACUAGUUUUCUGCUUUCAUGUCACUUAAGGUCAGUGUGACCCAGCUGCUAUACAGACUUUGGAGGUGGGUGGAAAGAGUUGUUUGCAUCCACACGUGCUCAUGCGUACCUGGGAAUGUGUGGGGUUUAGACAAAUCGGCAUUAGAAUAAUUGUAAUUGUUACAUUUAGCAAUCUCAAACUGUGUUUUUGGGGGGAAAAAGAGAAUAAGCAUAUUUCCCAAAAUGUCAAAUGAUUCCUUUAAAAAUUCAGCUUUGUGAUUAAUUACCAGUUUAAAUCGCUGCUUAGCAUCUGUGUUUUUGCACUGUAGCCAAUGGCUUAUGAUACAGACAAAGAUAGAAGUAUAGAGAGCAGGAGCUGGAGAAAGGCCAUAGAGAGGGUGUGCAAGUGUGCGUGCGUGUGUGUGGGUGCUUGUGUUUGGUAGCUGAAAAGGGAUGAUUUGGCAGAGCAGUAGGUGGAGAGGAGAAAAUAGAGGAGCGUGCAAGUGUGUGCUCGUGUGCAUGGUCUGUGUGUGUUUGUGCGAGUGACACAGUGCGUAAGAACGAGCAGUGCCUCCAGUGCUGCAGUGUUAGACUGUAAUGUUAUAGUACUGCAGUCCUGCAGUUCUAGGUCAGGGUUAGUCUGACCAGAGGAAAGGUCAUGUGAUACCACAAGUCAGAACAACAUAUGUGGCUUGCACUUCCUCCUUUUCUCACUUAAUCAGUCUGCAUAUUUUGAAGAGUGAAAAGGGGGGUUGUGUCACAGGCUAAAAUUGAUCAGGUGAAAUGUGGCAAAACAAAUAAUUUCAUUACCACUAACGUAAGCCUUGGAUACGUAAAGGAACAUGUUGACAUUUGAGAAAUGUGUAUAUUUGCUUUCUCCUGCAGCUGGUUAGCUUACCUUAAAGACAAGAAACAGGGAGAAAUGCCUCUGUUCACCUGCAAAAAAGCUCUUUUAAAGUUCUCAGUCAAGGUGUUAUAUGACUUUGAUGUUUUGCCAUUAUCGCAGUGAGCCAUAGAGGUGCUGGUAGACAGGUACUUAUUUGGCCUGGGUUUGCUUAUCAAGGACCUGAACUAUUCUAAGAUGAAAGAACUGAUUCCCUGUCAGUUUACAGGAAUGUGAUAAACACUUUCGUUUCAUUUCUUUGCAAGCUAAAGUGAAAGAGAAUUCUUGCUGCAGAGGUUUAACACAAGGAAACAUACAUGCAUAACUUAUCAUCAGACAAAUGCACAUACACACACACAACCACACACACAGAUGUCCUGGUAUUGCCGAGCAUAUGCUAUUUUUUUUUUUAUUACUAUCAUUCCAUCCAUGGUUGGGCUUCAAUCAGAGACACACAGCUUGGAUUGCUGGUUUGUCUGAUUGAUUGGUUGUUAGUUUGCCUUAUAGUGGUGUAUAUCAUGUAAAUGCUGGACUUGGAGGUGGGGGGCAGUCUUAAACAGUCUUAAAAGUGGAACACACAGCUCAAAGUGGAAAUUUACUGGUGUUGUGCGCAAAAAUGCAAGCCUCUCGAAAUUCAUUUCAAGCUUGGUGAGGAGAGCCGAGGCUCCUCCCUGUUGGACUUUCAUAUCAAGCUUCUCUGAUUUGGCUCCGAGCCCUUCCUGAGAAUCAUCUUUUGUGCUCUGAUCUCCUGUGUAUGCAUACAGUAUAUGUAUCUUUUUGCCUUGAUUGACUAUGAAGAAAAUAUAUCUAUUUUUUGUAACUGUUCUCUGAUGUGCCAUAACUCAUGUUUUCUUGCACACUGUUAAUAUUUUGUGGAUAUUGCUGUUUAAAAAAGAUUAUAUUGAGAAGUAGAUAACAUUAAUAAAAAGAUGAUAUAAU